GGAGACACUAAAUGGCGAGUUUCUGGAAAGUAAAAUAACACAAGUGGUGUCUGAACGAUAUAAGGACAAAUGAGGGAUUUAAGAACAAGUGUAAGGCCGUGAUGGGGAAUUGUUUAAGCUAAUAAGUCGCAGUCGUCCAGCGCUACCAAUGAGAGGAUGAUGCGGAAGGAUACGCACUGACGUUUCCAACCGGAGGCUCCUCCGCAGCGCUGUAAGGUGAACAGAGAGAGGGAGAGAGGGAGGAAGCAGAGGGCGAACACUCAGUCCAACACUCAGCAGCACCAUGGCACCUAUCGGACUAAAGGCGGUGGUCGGUGAAAAGAUUAUGAAUGAUGUAAUCAAGAAGGUGAAGAAGAAGGGAGAAUGGAAGGCGCUGAUUGUGGACCAGCUCAGCAUGAGGAUGCUGUCGUCCUGCUGCAAGAUGACAGACAUCAUGACAGAAGGCAUCACCAUUGUGGAGGACAUCAACAAGCGACGAGAGCCUCUUCCCAGCCUGGAGGCCAUUUACCUGAUUACACCCACUGAAAAGUCUGUCCACACCCUCAUUGCAGACUUCAAAGACCCUCAUUCAGCUAAAUACAAGGCAGCCCAUGUUUUCUUCACUGACUCCUGCCCCGAUCCACUGUUCAACGAGCUGGUGAAGAGCCGUGCUUCCAAAACCAUCAAGACUCUGACGGAGAUCAACAUCGCCUUCUUGCCCUACGAGUCUCAGGUGUACUCUCUGGACAAUCCAGAUGCCUUCCACAGUUUCUACAGCCCCCAUAAGACCCAGCUGAAGAACCCAGUGAUGGAGAGGCUGGCCGAGCAGAUCGCCACGCUCUGUGCCACCCUGAAGGAGUACCCUGCUGUCAGAUACCGAGGCGAGUACAAGGACAACUCCACCCUGGCCCAGCUGGUUCAGGACAAAUUGGAUGCCUACAAGGCUGAUGACCCCACCAUGGGGGAGGGUCCAGAUAAGGCUCGCUCACAGCUGAUCAUCCUGGACAGGGCGUUUGACCCAGUCUCUCCUGUCCUGCACGAGCUUACCUUCCAGGCCAUGGGCUACGACCUGCUGCCCAUCGAAAACGAUGUCUACAAGUACGAGACCAGUGGCAUCGGGGACUCUCGUGAGAAGGAGGUUCUGCUGCAUGAAGACGACGACCUGUGGGUUAGCCUGAGACACAAACACAUAGCUGAGGUGUCCCAGGAAGUGACACGCCAGCUGAAGGACUUUUCUUCCAGCAAGAGGAUGAACACUGGGGAGAAGACCACAAUGAGGGACCUGUCCCAGAUGCUGAAGAAGAUGCCUCAGUACCAGAAGGAGCUCAGCAAGUACUCCACUCAUCUGCAGCUGGCUGAGGACUGCAUGAAGCACUACCAGGGAACAGUGGACAAGCUGUGCCGUGUUGAACAGGAUCUGGCUAUGGGCACAGACGCUGAGGGAGAGAAGAUCAAAGACCCCAUGAGGGCCAUCGUGCCAAUCCUGCUGGAUGCCAACGUCAGCACUUAUGACAAGAUCCGCAUCAUCCUGCUCUACAUUUUCCUCAAGAAUGGCAUUACAGAGGAGAACCUGAACAAGCUGAUCCAGCACGCUCAGAUCCCCCCUGAAGACAGUGAGAUCAUCACCAACAUGGCUCACCUGGGCGUCCCCAUCAUCACAGACUCCACCCUCCGCAGAGGAAAGAAGUUGGACAGGAAGGAGCGUGUGAGCGAGCAGACCUAUCAGCUCUCCCGCUGGACACCACUGGUCAAAGACAUCAUGGAGGAUGCUAUUGAUGAUAAGCUGGACACAAAGCACUACCCCUACAUCUCCACCCGCUCCUCUGCCUCUUUUAGCACCACUGCAGUCAGUGCUCGGUACGGCCACUGGCACAAGAACAAGACACCUGGAGAGUACCGCACCGGGCCGCGUGUCAUAGUCUUCAUCAUCGGCGGCGUGUCCUUCAGCGAGAUGCGCUGCGCCUAUGAGGUCACACAGGCCAAUGGGAAGUGGGAGGCUGUCAUUGGUUCCACCCACAUGCUCACCCCCACCAAAUUCUUAUCGGACCUGCAGCACCCCGACUUCCGAGAGUCCACUAGGGUGUCCUUUGAGGACGCAGACCCCUCAGCCGAGUGAGGCAGAGACAGAUUGGGAGGGAGGGAGAGAGAAAUCACACUGAAAAAAGAUCGACCAACAUCUUCACCCCCACCACGCUGCUGGAGCAGCUCAAGGCCAUGAACAAACCAGACGAGGAAGUGACAAGCUAAGAUCCUCCAAUCACAUCUCCUCCCCCUCCCACGCCCUUCUUACCUGUAUCCUUCUCCCAUGAAUUCUACAUUAAUUGUGUAUGCAUCUUGCUUGAGAAGAAAAAAAAAAAGACAUCUAAGAUGAUAACAAAAUAUAUAUGUUGUAUCAAAGAAUAAAACUGUUGCAAGUAUUCUCAUGUUUUACAAUGGAUGCAACUAAAUGAGCUUAUUUAAAAAGGUUUAAAUAUCAAAACAGAAGGCCAUUUAAAACUGAAAGUACCAAAAUGUAAUAUUGUAUGCUAUGAAACCUGCUAGAUUGUGUAAAAGGUAAACAUUUUCUCUUGUUUGAUCCUUUGGGUUUCCUCCUUGGUGUGAGUUUAUUUAAUGGAAGCGGGUGGAGGAGGGAUGUGCAGUUUGAGAGGUUGGUGUUGUAAAAUAUAUCAGUCAACAUGCAAUAUAGAUAAAUAUAUUCAUCAGAGAGGAUUCCCCCACCACCCCCACCCUGCCCAUUUGAGAUGUUCGUAUAUUCAGUAGCAUGUUUGGAUUUGUGUGGACUGUUAAUGUGUUUGUAUCCAGUGUGGAUGUUCUGGGAGCCACAGAGUUAGCAUUUAGCUUUUUCCUACAAUGCUGAUACUCCACCGAAAUCCUUUGUUCUGAGUGUCGAAAAGUAUAAAAACAUUCUUUGAACCGUUUCAAACCACUGCUAAAGCAUUACCCACAGCUCAGUGGUUCAGCUGUAAACCCAGUUGCCAGUUUAUGGGGGUACACCUUACGCGUCCAAGGUGUUCGAUACUCAAAGCGUACAUUUUCGGCAAAGUAUUGGUUUUGAAAUGCUUGGUUUGGCAGAUGCUGGAAAGAGCUCUGUAAAAAGUCAGAAUCAUCCCUCCUCCAGCUGCAGAGACUGUAAAGUAUUUACUUGCCACAACCUUUUCCUUUCUCCAGAGAAACUUCACGUUUUAAUGUCAAAAAGGCUGUUGCUUGCUGAUAUUUAAUGAAUAAUCUUAAAAAGGGCCAGCUGUAUUUCAGUAUUGUAUCCUGUCGGAAUAAGUCUUAUCUUUGGUUAGUAAUGAUGUUUAAUUGGGCCAUGCACUGAGUAGUGUUGUGUAUUUGCCAUAUGUUGCUGUUUUAGCGUCUCACUGUUGACUGGUGAUAUUUCUGACUGUGAAGUAGUGAUACUUUUCCUUUAAAAAUGCCAAUGUGAAGCCGCCGUGUUUGUGAUGUUUAGCUGUAGUUGUUAGUCGUCAAUCGGGAAAAAGAAUCAAUAUCUAUAUUUUCUUUGUCCGUUUCCUCCUCUGGUGCAAUGUAAAACCCUCCAAUGGUGAAUGGCUUUGCAAAUAAAACCCUGAAACUCCCUCUUUUCACUUUUAUUUCCUCCCUCCCUCCCCUCCUGGCCAAACAAGUUGUAUAUUGCACUAUAAUGCGUUUUCUGUGAUGCAAACGCUUUGUGUUUAUUUUUUUUUUCUAUUAUCAUUAUUAUUUGCUGUUGUAUAGGAUUUACUCUAUCAAAUCAAUUGAUUUAUAUCAAAAUUAUUUAUCAGAGAAAAAAAUAACAAUGAUACAUUAGUCUGUCCUAAAACUGUUUAACUUAUUGGGAUUGUAUGUUUGCGAGUGUUGAAGCACAAACAAUACUUCCAUGUGUACCUAAUAUGUACUAAGGCUGUCUAAUAAUAAAUUGGCUUCCAUUAUGUUAAA